AACAUAAGGACAAAGAAAAGAUCACAACUUUUCAGAGAGAUAGAUUGCAAAUAAGGAGAGAAAACAACAGCUAGCUAGCAUCAUUCACAGUAUUGCUAUGCUAACACUACACUACAAUUCUUUUUCACCUCUCUCUUUCUCUCUCUCUCCUUCACACAGACACAGUCACUGUCUGUCACUGUCACACACAUACUCAUGCUAAAAUCUCUCUCUCUCUUCUCUCUCAGAUUUCACACAUCAUUCAUCACCAUCUUCCACAAAAAACCAGUCCAAUGCUUGUACCAUUUCAUCAUAACAUAGCUACCUAGUUAGAGGUGUAGCUACCACCUACUACUACUACUACUACAACUUUCAAACCAAAAAAAUACAACAAAAAUAUAAAAACCAAACAACACCUUAACUCUAGUUCUUUCUCUCCUAGUUCCAACAAAACUACUCAUUCUCUACUUCUCAUUUCUUCCUAGCUAAUUAGUAGUAGUAACUUCAUAAAAAACAUCACCAUGUGUAAAAUCAUUUUAACCAUACUCUUCCUCCUAUUUUUCUCAUCAACUAUUUCUUCCUCCUCCUACAACCACCAACACCACCGCCGUAUCCUCCACCAACCACUCUUUCCAUCUAUCUCACUUCCACCAACACAAUCACCAUCUUCAUCACCACAAACCCAACCAAAACCACAAAAACACCAACCCAAGCUUCCAUUUUCUUCCAUGUCUUCUUCUUCACCACCACAACCAUUUUCUCCACCUUUCUUUCCAACUUACCAAUCACCACCACAACCUCCUUCUCCACCUUUCCUCGCCACUUUCCCAGCUAACAUCUCUUCCUUACUCCUUCCAACACCUCACACUAAAACCCAUAACCACCGCUCCGCCGCCGCUCUUCUCAUUUCCCUCUCACUUUUCUCCAUCCUCCUCCUCACGUUAUCUGCUUUCUUUGCCUACCACCGUCGUCAUCAUAACCACCACAAAACUUCCUCCACCACUGCUAACGACGACACUGCUUCAAGAUCAGAUAGUCUCCGUUUAUUCCCGCCGAACACCGCCACUUCAGACUCCGUCGACAGUAAACCAAACGAAAAACCAUCAACUGGGUCGGAGAUAUUUCACCUCGGAACCAUAUCAAGCUCAGAAAACACAAGAGUUACUACUGCAGAGUCAAGCUGUAACGGCAAUGUCGGUUUCUCGCCGCCGUACCGGCAUCUUACAGACUCACCGGAGCUUCAUCCUUUACCUCCUCUACCACGUCACAAUGUCAGAACAUGGAAGAAUGAACCAAAGAAAGAAGAAAAUAUAGCUAGAGAAGAUGAAGAGUUUUAUUCACCAAAAGUUUCUCCUUCUUCUUCACCAGUUGUUGCUGCUGCUACUACUGCAACAAGCUCUCAUUUUGAUAAAUUUGGCAGCAAAAGCUUCAAUUCAAGAACAGCUUCUUACCCUCUUUCUCGUUCUCCUUCUCUCAAUCUUAGCCCUAUUGAAAGUAUCAAUUCGUUUCCACCUCAGAACUCUGCAUCUCCAUGUUUUUCUUCUCCUAUGCAGAGGGAAGAUUCUGAUUUGAAUUUGGAUGGUAAGAAUGUUGAAGUGAGCAAACUUCCUCCUCCUGCUCCGCCGCCUCUGCCGCCGAGGUUUUGGGAGACUCCGGUAGUGGCUUCCCAAGAUGUUAAUGUUGAGAAUGAGGAAAGUUCAAAGCCAAAGUUGAAGGCUUUACAUUGGGAUAAAGUUAAGGCCAGCUCAGAUAGGGCCAUGGUUUGGGAUCACUUGAGACCAAGUUCAUUUCAGUUGAAUGAAGACAUGAUUGAGUCACUCUUUAUGGUAAAUAAUUCCAAUUCCAAUGGAAAUUCUGCUUUGGCUCCUAAAGAUAAUGCUCGGAGCCAAAUAAUCCAUGCUGCUUCCAUGCCGCCAGAAAAUAGGGUACUUGAUCCUAAGAAGUCUCAGAACAUUGCCAUUUUGCUUCGAGCGCUGAAUGUAACUAUUGAUGAAGUUUGUGAAUCCCUAUGGGAAGGCAAUUGUGAUACACUGGGAACAGAACUUCUAGAAAGUUUAUUAAAGAUGGCCCCAACUGAAGAGGAAGAAUCUAAGCUGAGGGAGUUUAAAGACGAGUCACCCUUCAAACUAGGCCCGGCUGAGAAAUUUCUUAAAGUCAUGCUUGAUAUACCUUUUUCAUUCAAAAGAAUGGAUGCUAUGCUCUACAUUGCUAAUUUUGAUUCAGAAUUAGAAUACCUGAAGAAGUCCUUUGAUACUCUGGAGGUGGCUUGUGAGGAAUUAAAGAAUAGCAGAAUGUUUAUGAAGAUACUAGAGGCAGUUCUUAGAACAGGAAAUCGAAUGAAUGUUGGCACCGAUCGUGGUGACGCACAAGCAUUCAAACUGGACACACUUUUGAAGUUAGUUGAUAUUAAAGGAACUGACAGAAAGACUACUCUUUUACAUUUCGUUGUACAAGAAAUUGUCAGAACCGAGGGUUCUCUUGUAUCUGGUGCUGACCAUCACAAUGUUGACUCCUUCAAUAACCAUCAGUGUACUCUUCAAGAUGAGGUUGACUCGAGGAAGCUUGGACUGCAAGUUGUAUCAGGUUUGAGUGGAGAACUCACCAAUGUUAAAAAGGUAGCUGUUAUGGAUUCAGACACGCUAAGUAGCGAUGUUGCUAAACUUGCCAAAGGAAUUGAAAAGGUUGUGUUAGUUGUAAAAUUGAAUGAAGAGUCGCCUUUGAAAGAAACCAACCAAAAAUUUUCUGAGGCAAUGAAAAGUUUCUUAGAGAGAGCUCAGGAAGAGAUUUUAAGAAUCCAGGCGCAAGAGAAAAGUGCCAUCUCUUCAGUGAAGGAGGUAACUGAGUACUUCCACGGUAAUUCGGCAAAGGAAGAAGCUCAUCCGUUUAGGAUAUUUAUGGUUGUGAGGGAUUUCCUUUCGAUACUAGAUGGCGUAUGCAAGCAAGUUGGGAAAGCAAAUGAGAGGACUUUAGUUGGUUCGCGGCUAGAUGUAAUGCCUUCAAUCACUACACUGCCACCAAUUUUCCCCGAGUUUAAUGGUAAGCAGCCAUCUGGUGAUUCCUCAGAAUCUGAUUAGUCUCUCAAAAAAUCCAAUCCAGUUUGGACAAUGUUUUAGUACCUAUAGAAUUUUGUACAUGUUUUACCACCUAGAUUAUAUAACUAGUUUAUAAGUACCUGUCUCUUUCUGUGCUCGCUGCUCAGUCUCUGUCUGAGCUCACUGAAUUGCUUCUAUGCAUUGUAUUCAUAUAAAUGAUCAAUGACAGAAGUUUUAGAAUUGUUUUUUCUAA